UGAUAUUGUGUUAUGACUAUCUACUGACAUGGAGGAGAGAAGUGGAUUUCUUUUGGACGAAACCCCGCAGGUCAUGGAUGUUCGCACUCUUUGUCACCAAUCGUUAUCUCACCAUUUUGGCUCGUAUGCCUGUAAUGGUGGGUACGUUCUGGCCACGAAGUUGGGUACAAGAUGGUACUGUAUCGGCUGGUGUCUACGAGCAAAUCACAAUCCUAAUUGUACAGAUCGUGGGAGCAGUCAUCAUGAUCAUUCGGGUGUACGCUCUGUACCAGAAAAGCAGGAGAGUGCUCGUCUUCCUGGUUUCGAUUGCUCUGGCUGCCAUUGGGAUAGCCUGCGUAAGUGUGAUGCCUGUCGUCAUAGCUACCCAUGAUAAUCAUGAUUUCAUAUCCUCAUGGGCGAUGUUGGAUGAUAUGGUCAGUGGGCUAUUCUGUCACCCUCGUCUGAAUACGUCUCCGGCUGUACCAACCCCUGCGUUGCGUUAUGGAUGUAAUGUCCCCAUUACCUAUGAUCAGUGGGUCUCUCUGCUUCCCCUUUCGACACCACAAAUGAAUAUGGCGAUUGCGUGGAGCGGCCAGAUGGUGUUCGACGCCAUCGUGUUCGUACUUACCUUAUGGAGAACAUUGCAUAUCGGAAGAUUAGGUCGUCGUACACUAUCGGAUGUCAUCAUACGUGAUGGUGAGUGCUAUGAAUGUCCGAUUGUGUAUUGUAUUUCGGGUGCGUAUUGUGUCGUUUCUUGCCGAAUUGGUUAUGGAUUAGUGCCGAUCUACCUAUGCGGAUAGACUUAUGACCAGCGCCAAUGUCGCGAAUAUCGCUGCCUUUCUGG